GGCCUACUUAUACAUGACUACGCCGCCGGCCGACUGUCAGGAGUCGUCUGCUUCAAUCUCUCAGCUCGCAGACGGUAUAUAAAUUUGAUCUCGUUGUUUCCUAGCCAGACAUUACCACAAUCACUUUGCUAAAAUGGAUAGACGAGCAAGUGGUGCGCCUGAUGUUGUGGGCCAGCAGUCGCUGCUCACGGCGCUGAACCGGUUUGUGAACGCUGUGAACACCAUGGACGAUAUCGUCAUGAUUCCCAGUCGCUUGAAAGACCUUGAAGUCGCGUCUCACGAUAUUUCUGGCGAAGAAAACAAUAACCAGUCGGUGGCCAUCCCGUCCAUUCAGUCAGGAACAGACCUGUAUCGCUGUUUCUCCAUGCUUCAUGCCAUUCGCGACGAGAUCAUCGACGGUCCUCAGUCAGAAGACGACAACGAUGCUGCAGCAGCGGCGGGCGAAACCAGCGAAGACGACACCACGGCCGCUUCGCGAAAGACUGCAAACAUGUUCCGGUAUCAUCUGAGAGGUUUGUUUCAUCUUUUGCAUCAGCUGACAGCCACGGCGAAAUACCUGGGCAGCAGGUACGAGCGGGACGUUGCGCAGACUCAGAACCAGAACGUGUCCACGUUUUCACUCAACAUGUAGCCAGCGCCGGGGAGGAGAUCAGCUAUUGACUGCCCUGCCAUGUGCUUGCAUGAAUUUUUCAAACUAACAGUUUGAGAGAAUGCAUGUGGAUGUGCUACGAUGCUACGCCGUUAGAUUGGAAUGCAUGCGAACACUGUAAACAGCAGCCACUUCGUGCAUCGUUUUUCAUCUGGGGUACGUGUUCAAUGAAAAUCGUUUCGCUUACUACACCUCAUCUCGUUAUAACAUUUCAUGAUUUUUUUUUUUUUAUUCAUCAACGGUGCAAAGAAGGCAUCAACAACAGAACAUUGGACAGUUCAAGCCAUCUCUACUAGAAGAAAACAUAAAACUUUGCAGUGUGCUGUUUCAUCAUCUACCCACGAUCGUGUCCUGGAUGGAAUGCCGUUUCCUUGUUCGGGCAUGGGCGUGGGUGUCGGAGUGAACGUGUCAUUAGCCUCGCCACCCGAUUGCUGAAUGCAGUGACGGCGAGUACACGACUUCUCAAAGUUUAGUAUUUUCUGUGAACUUACAAGACAACACCAAUUAAAUUGAAAUGACAUUUAUUUGAAGUAUUUUAUAGAUAAGAUGUUCUGAUGGAGCAACACUGCCCAACAAAAUAUUUGUAAUUGCUGAUGGCAAGGAGCUGUGAACUGGGAGUAUUCUACAUCGCUAGUGCCUGGCGAGGGACUUGCGCAGGCAUUCAAGUGUGACCUGCGGUGUGUAUACGACCGUGUUUCUAGGCAGCAGUGUACAACAGUCGGGCGUGGCUGUUACGGGCAAGCUCUCGGUGAACUGUAAUGAACAAUGCUUAUAGCGGACAUAUAAAGUUAAUCUGCAUCCAUGAACUUUAAAAGCGUUUGAACUAAUAAUUUUGCUGUAGGGCUUAAUUUAUAAAUGCAUUCCAGUAUAGGUUACUGCUUUCAAUAAAUGACAAAAGGCGAUUAAUUACCAGAUUAAACAAAAUAUUCUUCAUGCUAGAUUGUAAAUGCAAGACCAUUUGUGAAAUUUUGUGUUUGUGGUGUAGAUGGAAAAUUAUAGUUUUGAUUAAAAGCUGAUGUGUAGUUGUAACUACCAUCAUUUCAGCUAACUUCUCGGUAAGGAUAGCACACGUUAGCCUGUCAUGGAGUUCUGUCAGACAACAGAGCAGCAUGGAGAUACAAAUUACAUUUAUUUGUAACAUCCUGUUUGGCACAGACCUACUCUAUUUUUAUUUGCAUGUUUGAUUGACAGGCAACUGGCGAGGCUGCUUGAGCCUCAUAACCGCAGGCCUAUAUUCAUGUCGGAAGCUUGAAGUCGACUGACCGGGGCUGAUAAUGCAUGGUAGUCGGUUGUGGCCUGACUCAAGAGUGGGGAGUGGUGUUAACCGCGGGGUGUGUAUGUCUGCUCCUCUUUCUUACUUCUCUCCGUGGGUCAGUCGCCCUAUGACGCGUGCACAGCACCCAGGGACCGCGUGCUACUGCGGCUGAGGGCGUGACCUGCAAUCAUCGCCAGCACUUGUCCAUCCACACUGAGGAAAAUUACUGUGUAAACAAUUACCACUAGCUCUCUCUCUCUCUCUUUUCCCAACUCAGUGUAAUAAACACUGAGGCAGUUGUGAGUGCAUUGCUUGUGUGAUCAUGUAUAAAAAGCCCAUGUGCGCAUUGCUAGACUCUUACACAUAAUAUAAAGUCUGUAAGUAUAACUCCACUCGCCCACUGUGCUGGGCGGGUUGGUGCUAAAUCGGGAAGUCGUGUCGUGGAGGGUGUUGGCCGGAAGGCGCUGCGAGACGAGUAUGAGGCGCAGUCGAGAAUGUUCUCCACGUUGGAAGUGCAAGAGAUGGUAUAGACUGUGAGCACUGCACCACCAGUCUCUGCCACUGUUUCAUGAUGAGUGUGUGUGUGAGAGAGAGAAUGCUGUUCGCUACAAGAAGUUGAAAAUACCAUGACCUUGCGACCUUUCGGUGUAGAACAUAUUACUGGCAUUAGAAGCUGUAUUGUUAUUUAUAUGUCGGACCGGCGACAUUUUGUCAGAAUUGUGUCAUAAUGAAACGUAACCCAACUUGCAAAACAGUUAUUUUGAAAGUGUUAUGGAUUCGAAUGAAGUUGUUUACACUGUUGCAGGUUUACAUUGCUUUUUCAGACAUGUUCUCUCAAUGUUGACAUCUGUGUAAGCGAUGUAACAAAAUGUCAUAGACUUUUUCAGUUGUUUUUUUUUUUUUUUGCCUCAGAGUUGAAGUUGAUGAUACCUGAAACAGAUACAGAGCUAGACAGGAACAGGCCAAGUCAGUUCUAUUUAUAGAGUUGAUAUUGAAAUAAAAAUUGUGAACAUUGCAA